CGCAGAGUAAGGCCAUCCUCGUAUGCCCAUGAGUCCGGUUCGCAUUCCCAAGAAACUCUGCCAAGAAUAGCAUGAAGACAGUAAAAUAUGCUAACAAAAAUUGAGAGGGAAAUUGGGAAAAAAAAAAAAAAAAAGAACUUUAGGAAACACAAGGCUCACAGCUCUAACAAAGAAAUGGCCACCAAGAGAUCUCAAAACAGAAAUUCAAUAUAUAAGUUCCGAGCUUUCCUCCAAGCCCUCUAUAUUUACCAUUUCGUUGACCCAAUAGAGGCUUUUUCAUGGAGUUUAUGUUUCAGCUUCCGGGUACCUACACCUUCUAAGGCGGCUUCCCGAAUUGUCUCACACUAUCUCUCUUUUUUUUUUUCCCCCUCUACUUCUCAUUUUUUUUCUGUUUUCCGCGGAGUUAUUUAUCAUUCUACUGAUCUCCGAACUGGGUUCGGUUUCUAGUUGAGGAGUGGUUACAAUGGCAGUGCCAAGCCGCGUGCUCUUGCUCGCCGUUCUUUCUCUGCUUUUAGUCUCAGUCGCAGUUGGCCAUGGCGAGGACAAGUUUCAGAACGUGACUUAUGAUGGAAGGUCUUUGAUCAUCAAUGGAAAGAGAGAGCUUCUGUUUUCUGGUUCCAUCCAUUACACUCGUAGCACCCCGGAGAUGUGGCCAGAUCUUAUAGCAAAGGCUAAACAUGGAGGUUUGAAUGUGAUUCAAACUUACGUUUUCUGGAACAUUCAUGAGCCCGUGGAAGGGCAGUUCAAUUUUAAUGGAAAUUAUGAUCUGGUGAAAUUCAUCAAGCUGAUUGGGGAGCAAGGAAUGUAUGUGACCCUCAGGAUUGGGCCAUUCAUCCAAGCUGAAUGGAAUCACGGAGGAAUUCCAUAUUGGCUAAGAGAGGUCCCUGACAUCAUAUUCCGUUCUAAUAAUGGACCAUUCAAGCAAUACAUGAAAAAAUAUGCGAAAAUGAUUAUAGAUAAGAUGAAAGAGGAGAAACUGUUUGCUUCACAAGGAGGGCCCAUCAUCUUGUCACAGAUUGAAAAUGAAUACAAUCACAUCCAACUUGCAUAUAGAGAUAUGGGAAGCAGAUAUGUUCAGUGGGCAGCAAAAAUGGCAGUGGGACUGAACACUGAAGUUCCAUGGAUCAUGUGCAAGCAGAAGGAUGCUCCAGAUCCAGUGAUCAAUACAUGCAAUGGAAGACACUGCGGAGACACUUUCACAGGCCCAAACAAACCCCACAAGCCUUCUUUGUGGACUGAGAACUGGACUGCUCAGUACAGAGUAUUCGGAGACCCUCCAUCUCAAAGAGCAGCAGAGGAUAUUGCAUUCUCAGUUGCCCGCUUCUUCUCAAAGAAUGGAACUCUUGUCAACUACUAUAUGUACCAUGGUGGGACUAACUUCGGGAGAACGAGCGCCGUCUUUACAACAACUCGCUAUUAUGAUGAAGCUCCUAUUGAUGAAUAUGGUUUGCAGAGGGAACCCAAAUGGAGCCACCUUAAGGACGUGCACAAGGCUCUAAAUUUAUGCAAGAAGCCUCUGCUUUGGGGUGAACAUGGCGUCCAAAUUUUGGGCAAGCAUACAGAAGCUCAACUCUUCGAGAUUCCCGGAACAAAAGUCUGUGCUGCAUUUUUGGCCAACAACAACUCUAAAUCGCCAGAAACAGUUGAUUUCAGGGGUGAGAAAUAUUACCUGCCUCCACGUUCCAUUAGUAUCCUCCCUGAUUGCAAGACUGUGGUCUUCAACACACAAACAAUUGUAUCGCAACACAAUGCAAGGAACUUGAAGAGCUCGAAGGUUGCAAAGAAUCUCAAGUGGGAGAUGUCCUCAGAACCAAUCCCAACUGUCGAGGAGUUGCCAGUUGAUUCCAAGACUCCAAAAGAGCUCUAUAGUUUUCUUAAGGAUACCACAGACUAUGCGUGGUACACCACUAGCAUAGAAUUGGGUCCCCGUGACUUGCCAAUGCGGCCUGAUAUUCACCCAGUACUACGCGUUGCAAGUCUUGGCCAUGCCUUGCAUGCAUUUGUGAAUGGCGAAUAUGUUGGAUCGGCGCAUGGAAGCCACGACGAGAAGAGCUUUGUCUUUCAGAAUGCUGUAAAUCUCAAGGCCGGGGUUAACCAUAUAGCUCUGAUUGGCAUGACGGUGGGACUACCGGAUAGUGGAGCCUACAUGGAGCACAGGUAUGCGGGUCCUCGUGCUAUAACUGUCCUAGGUUUGAACACAGGAACUCUUGAUCUGACAGUCAAUGGUUGGGGGCAUCAGGUUGGUUUAACGGGAGAAAAAAUGAAGGUGUUCACACAGUCAGGCUCACACAGGGUAGAAUGGAAGAAAGCUGAUGGGCAAGGGCGUGCUCUUACAUGGUACAAGACAUAUUUUGAUGCUCCUGAAGGGAAUGAUCCUGUUGCUAUCAGGAUGACUGGUAUGGGCAAGGGAAUGAUUUGGGUCAAUGGUAAAAGCAUUGGCCGUCACUGGAUGUCCUUCCUCUCUCCUCUCGGAAAGCCUUCUCAAUCAGACUACCAUAUCCCGAGAUCUUUCAUAAAGCCAACAGAAAAUCUCCUUGUUGUAUUGGAGGAGGAGAAAGGGAACCCAGAAGACAUUGAAAUCCUACUUGUCAAUAGAAAUACAAUCUGCAGUGUCAUAACUGAGUAUCAUCCACCCCAUGUGAAGUCAUGGCAGAGGAAGGAAAGCAAAAUCAGACCUGUGGUGGACACCGUGAAGCCAGCAGCUCAACUGAAGUGUCCAAAUCACCAAGAGAUUGUUGCUGUAGAGUUUGCUAGCUAUGGUGAUCCUUAUGGUUCCUGUGGAAGCUUCUUAAUGGGCAACUGCAAUGCUCCCAUUACCAAGGAGGUUGUUGAACAGAAUUGCUUGGGAAAAACUAGCUGUUCAGUUCCGAUUGAGCGCGAACUUUUCAUCAAGGACAACGAUGCAUGUCCAGAUAUCAUGAAGACACUUGCCAUACAAGUGAAGUGCGACCACAAGAAACAUUAGAGACGAUCGGAUCUCAGUCAUACGAGUGUUUGCGAUCAUGGGUUGGAAUAGUGAUAUUAAGCCCAUGGUAAUUUCAAGAGCAAAGUAGAAUCGAAUGGUAAUUGGAUUUUAAAGUUUUGUUCUUUUUAAA